AUGGCAGAGCCAAACAACCGUGGCUUCCUCACUGAGGACAAGCCAAUUCCUGGUAACACUCUCCCAGAUAGCGAAACGCUCCAUGAUACACAUGAGCAAGAAGCACUAGCAUCUCGAGAAAUCACGGGGUUGAGAUGGGUCUUGGUAAUAAGUGCGAUAUCAUCCUCCAUCUUUCUCUACGCUCUUGACAACACCAUCGUUGCAGAUCUGCAACCCGUUAUCGUCACCCGCUUUGGGGAAGUGCAGAAACUCCCCUGGUUAAGCGUCUCCUUCCUCCUAGGCGCCACCGCGACGAACUUAGUUUGGGGGGAAAUUUACACGCAAUUUAACGCGAAAUGGUUCUACGUAUUCAGCGUCUUGGUUUUUGAGUUGGGAUCAGCGGUUUGUGCUGCUGCUCCAUCGAUGAAUGCUGUGAUUGUGGGUCGUGCUUUGUGUGGUAUCGGGGGCGCAGGAUUGUAUGCCGGAUGUAUGACUCUGAUUGCCUUCACAACGACUAUUGCAGAACGUCCUUUAUAUAUCUCAGCAACUGGACUCACUUGGGGAAUUGGUAUUGUGCUCGGCCCUGUUAUUGGAGGUGCUUUCAGCCAAUCUUCGGUUGGGUGGAGAUGGGCAUUUUAUAUCAAUCUUCUCAUUGGUGGAGUCUUUGCGCCGGUGUAUAUCUUCAUGAUUCCCAGUAAAGAUGCCCGUCCAGGAGUUCCAUUCAAGGAGCGUGCAGUCGAAAUGGAUUACGUCGGAAUAAUUCUUCAAGCUGGAGCUUUCACUAUGUUUGUAAUGGCAAUCAAUUGGGGCGGAAAUAUCUAUCCAUGGAACUCAGGGCAAGUGAUCGGUCUCUUUGUGGGAUCUGGAGUAUGCUUCAUUCUUCUCAGCAUUCAACAAAGUCUAGUUUUGUUCACCACCUCGGCACGUCGAAUAAUACCUGUUGAAUUUGUCAGUUCUCGUACCAUCAUGAUCUUGUUUGCCGUCACCGCUGCUUCAGGGUCCUCAGUAUUCGUUCCGAUUUACUUCGUCCCGAUCUUCUUUCAGUAUACCCGCGACGAUGGACCUCUGGAUGCUGGUAUCCGUUUAUUGCCUUUCAUUAUUGUUAUGGUUGUCAUGGUAUUUGCCAAUGGUGCUCUCAUGGCCAAAUGGGGCUACUACAUGCCAUGGUACCUUUUUGGUGGCCUUUUGGCCACAGCUGGAUCUGCCUGCAUGUACACCGUUGACCUCGACACCUCUUCAAGUCGCAUUUACGGAUAUACGGUCAUCAUCGGAGCUGGGGUUGGAAUGUGGCUUCAAGCUUCAUUUUCUGUCGCUCAGGCAGUUGUUGAACCUGCGCUCAUUGGUGCAGCUGUUGGCUUGAUGACUCUCGCGCAAUUCGCAGGGAUAACCAUUACACUUGCAAUCGCGAAUUCCGCUUUCCUCAAUACGAGCCAGAGCCGUAUUUUAGAUAUCCUUCCAAAUGUCCCACGGGCGGAAAUCCAGGCUGCAGUGCAGGGAUCAGGAACAGAUUUCAUAAAGACUCUAAGGCCAGAUCAGAAAACUGCAGUCUUAGAGGCUAUUGUCAAGGCUAUUGGUAAAACAUACAUUCUAGUCAUAGCUGCUGGCUCAUUGAUCGCGGUUUUGAGCCUGUUCAUGAGAAGAGAGAAGUUGUUCGUUGAUGCUGCUGUUGUGGCGGGUUAA